ACACACACACACAAUAUUGCCAAAAGUACUGGGACAUCCCUUCAAAUCAUAGGAUUCAGGUGUUCCAAUCACCUCCAUGGCCAAAGGUGUAUAAAAUCAAGCACGGCUUCUACAAACAUUUGUGAAAGAAUGGGUCACUCUCAGGAGCUCUGUGAAUUCACGUGUGGUACCGUGAUAGGUUGCUACCUGUGCAGUAAGUCUAUCCGUGAAAUUUCCUUGCUACUAAAUAUUCCACAGUCAACUGCUAGUGGUAUUGUAACAAAGUGGAAGCAACUGGGAACAACAGCAACUCAGCCACAAAUGGAUAGGCCACGUAAAAUGACAGAGCAAGGUCAGCGCAUGCUGAAGCGCAUAGUGGGUAGAAGUCGCCGACUGUCUGCAGAGUCAAUAGCUAAAGACCUCCAAACUUUGCGUGGCCUUCAGAUGAACACAACAACAGUGCGUAGAGAGCUUCAUGGAAUGGGUUUCCAUGGCCGAGCAGCUGCAUCCAAGCCUUACAUCAAUGGUGUAAAGCACGCUGCCACUGGACUCUAGAGCAGUGGAGA